GUCCACCCACGAAACCCUAGCUCACUUAUUCCCAUCGCCGCUGCCGCUCCCGCUCCCUUUUCCCCAUCGCCGCCGCCGCUCCCGCUCCCUUCCGCACUGCUCCCGCUCCCUCUGACGACCUUCGCACUCAGCACUGGCAGAGCGAAAGCUUAAUCCCCUCUGGCCGCGGCCUAUCCACCCCGCACGCACGCCCAACAGGCAGACCAUGGUGCUCUCCGUCUCCUCCCUCGCCUCAGCCUUCUCCCACCUCUCCCUACCCUCCACCUCCGCUCCCCACCCACUCCCUCUCGUCCGCCUCCACCCCACCACCCGCCAUGCCGCUCACCCCGUCCUCUCCGCCUCCGGGGCCGACGCCGCCGAGCAGGUCGAGGCGGAGGCACCUUCUGCCGACGACGGCCCCGAGGAGGUGCUCGCGGUCGAGGCCGAGGAGGACACGCUCUCCGGGCUGGCGCCGCGCAAGUACGUGAAGCAACGGUCACCAACUCAGCUCCGGCCACUGCCCUACGCGACGGCGCUUCUUCCUCGACCCCGACGACGAGUUGAGCUAUCGAAUCCCUUCUCCUAUCUUGUUGUGAUUCCUGUGUUUGGUUUGAUGUGUUUUGUUUUCUGCGCAGGUUGCUCCGAUCUGAUCUGGACGAGUUGCUGCUGCUCCUGCAGGUUGAUGACGAGGUCUCAUGGCUGCUCCCUACUCCUCCUCCUCCAACCACAUGACUUGGUGUGGUGCUCUGCCACUAAAAGUGUUUUUCUUUAUCUGAAGACGCCGUGUUCAGUUGUUAGGUGCCUUUUGGCUGGUCGGUCAUUGAUAAUAUUUCACCCGGAGCAAGAAAAGAUCAUCUCGCCGUACCACCUUUACAUGAAUCCCAAGCUGGCGGUGCAACACUACGAGAUCUGCGCUGUGUGUAAACUACUAUGGUUGCCAAGCCAGCAUCCAUUGCAUCAAUCCUCAUCAAUUAAUGGCCAAUGUACACAUAAACUAUAUGGAACAAUAAUGUAGAAAUUUGAAGCAUCACCUACUUUCUGGUCCUGUAGUGUUUAAAACUGAUAAUUAUGAUGCAUUGGUCCUUAUGGCCUUGUUUUUUAAUGCAUAUAUAUAUAUAUAUAUAUAUAUAUAUAUAUAUAUAUAUAUAUAUAUAUAUAUAUAUAUAUAUGAUGUAGUUGAUAGGCCUUGAUCUCAACCUCUCAAGUUUAUGUUUCCUUGUGUGUAGGUAACUUGUUAUUUUUAUUGGCAAGCCUGUAAUGAAUUUAUUAGAUUUUUGCUUCUAUUGCCGUGUACAGUAUGUCACAGGCUUGCGGAGCCUGUCAUUUUUCUUAGUGUGCUGUUGUGAUUCUUGAACGGUGUCAAUGGUCGUGUACAGGUGUCGUUUGUAGUAUAAAAAGGGCCACUAUCAGCCGUACGAUUUGGAUUCAUGAUGUGAAGAUCAUGAAUAUCAUCUCAUUUUGCUCCUCUAUGCCUCAUUCGUGUAUAGAUUCCCUAGCAGUAUUUUUUUGUCUGCCACUCGCGACUGCCGGGUUCCUGAUGUGCUUCUCGUGCCCCGCAGAUGAUUGACCUGUAUGUGGUUUUCACCGUGGCCACUGCCCUACUUCAGACAACGUCGGGUAGGAGUCCUUUGCUGAUGUUGUUGUCAGUGGCUUCUCUGGCAUCCAUAGUCGCAGCCGUGGCUGGACGCUUGGUCCUUCUGCUAUCGUCGCUGGAGCUGCUACCGCUGCGUCUGGCCCUGGCCUGCUAUCCCGUAUCCAUUGGUGGUGGUGCAGCUUAAGUGUUUUUCUCAACGAAUCUGCUUGCGGCUGGGUAUCCAGUGUUUCUAAUUCUUAUCAGCUGAUUCACGUAACAUGGCGUCCUGACUAUGGCCCUCCAGUGAGUCCGGCAUUUGAUCGCUAUUGAAGGAGCUACAUGCAGAAGAAGAAAACACUUGUAUGGCUAGUAACUAUGAUUCCCAUACUUGUAGAGCUUGUAACUUGUUGUAAAGUACUGUAUAUGUUACAGCUUGUAGUACGUGUCAUUUGUAGAGCUUGUACCGAAUCUGGCUAUUGUUAUUUGAAGUACCAUGUGUGUUUUCUUCUUGCCAAUUUAA